ACUCCUCUCUCUCUCUCUCUCUCUCUCUCUCUCCUCCUCUUCUCCCACCAUUAAAGCCCAAUUCCACUCCUCCCCCCCUCUCCCCUCCCCCUGCGCCAUGAAAGAGCUCGGGAAGCACCCACAGAGUGGUGGAGUAGUUUCUUCUUCUUCGGAUCUCAAAAGCCUCGUCUUGGUGAUGAGCACGCGGAGGACGAAGCUCUUCCUCUACGGCUUCGCCUUCGCCUUCGCCGCGCUCACCGCGUACAUCGCCAUCUUCAACCCCUCCGGCGGCGGCGGCGCCCCCUCCUCAGCCGGGGCCGGCGCCGCCGCGCCGUGGUUCAACUCCCUCUACUCCUCCGCCGCCGUGCGUACGGCCCCUUACAGGUCUCAGAUAUCGAGCUUCUUCUCCCACAUCUUCCCCAAUUCCACGGGGAAUGGGGGCGAGGUGGGAGGGAAUGGGGGCGAGAGAAGGGGAGGUGGGUCGGACAAAGAUGGGAUUUUGGGGGGUGGGAACGGGGGAAAUGGGGGAAUUGGGUCGAAGGGAGGUGGGGGAAGUGGAGUUCCUGUGAAGAAUCACACGGUUAGUGAUGUGGGUUCUCCGCAGGAUCAGAACGGGGUUUUGAGUGGUAAAGGUGGAAUCUUGGCGAAGGAGAACGACGGCGGAGGCGGAAUUGGGCUCAAGAACUCGACGGGCAAUGGGGCGGCGGCGGCGCCGGCGAAGAAGGCAAAAGAGGGAAUGUUGGAAGUGAAUAAGAACACAGGAAGUGGAGCUUCUGGGAAGAACCAAAUGGUUAAUGGUGUGAGUUCGAGCAAGAAAGACGAAAUUUUGGUGAAUAAGAACGAGAAUGGAGGCGGAAUUGCUUCGAAUGAGGCAGCGGCGCCGAAGAAGAAAAACGAAGCCCUGGAAGGGAAUGGGAAUACGGGGAGUGCGAUUACACCGCAGGGAAAUGGGGCCCCAACGAAGAAUCACAAUGAAAUUGGUGUUGGUUUGGUGAAAAAUGGGGUUUCUACCAAUAAUCAGGCGGAGGAAGCGGUCGGGUCGAAGAAAAAUGGCGCCUUGGAUGGGAAAAACCAAGCAGGAAGUGUAGUGGUUUUGCUCGGAAAUGGAGCUCCGGCCACGGAUACGACUAAAACUGAGGUUUCUAUAAAGAAUCAAUCUAAGGACAAAGUUGGUUCUCAGGGUAAUGGAGAUUCAACUAAGAAUCAGACAACGAUUGUCGUCGGCAGCGGAGUAAAAGGUGGGAAUCAAAAUCAAACAGGGAAAGGAAUUGCUUCAAAUGGUAAUGGAGUUAAUGGUACUAAACAGAAGGCAACAGUUGCUGUUUCUCAAGGAAGCGAACCUGCGGCGAAGAAUCAAUCCGUCGAAACAAUCGCGAGUGUUUCGAAAAUUAGUGCUUCUGAUGGCGGCGGGAAAAGAAUGGAUGAUUGGAUCAAAUCGAUGAUAGGUUGCGACAUAUUUCAGGGGACAUGGGUUAAAGAUGAUUCAUAUCCUCUCUACCCGGAGGGUUCCUGCCCCCACAUCGAUGAGCCGUUCGAUUGCUAUCUCAAUGGACGGCCUGAUCGCGCUUAUCAGAAGCUCCGGUGGCAGCCUAGCGGAUGCACAAUCCCAAGAUUGAAUGCAACUGAUAUGCUAGAGAGAUUGAGGGGAAAAAGGCUAGUUUUUGUGGGCGAUUCGCUCAAUAGGAACAUGUGGGAGUCUCUGGUUUGUGCUCUUCGGCAUUCGAUUAAAGAUAAGAAGAAGGUUUUCGAGGCGUCUGGUCGGCAAGAGUUCCGGACCGAGGGUUCAUAUUCUUUCUUAUUUACGGACUACAAUUGCAGUGUGGAGUUCUUUCGAUCCCCUUUCCUUGUUCAGGAAUGGGAGAUGCCGAUAAGCAACGGGAAGACGAAGGAAACUCUUCGGCUCGACAUAAUCGAGAGAUCAUCUCCGAAGUAUAAGGACGCAGAUGUUAUCGUCUUCAAUACCGGGCAUUGGUGGACGCACGAGAAAACUUCCAAAGGGAAGGAUUACUAUCAAGAAGGAAACCAUGUAUAUAGUGAGUUGAACGUCGUGGAUGCUUUUCAUAAAGCUCUCAACACUUGGUCCAAAUGGGUCGAUUCCAACGUGAACCCUAAGAAAGCCAUAGUGAUCUUCAGGGGCUACUCCGCGUCCCAUUUCAGUGGGGGACAGUGGAAUUCAGGUGGGCAAUGCGACAAAGAAACCGAGCCAAUCAAGAACGAAAAGUAUCUCUCGUCGUACCCACCGAAGAUGAGCAUAUUAGAAGAUGUGAUCAGGGGAAUGAGAACCCCUGUUGUGUAUUUGAACAUUACGAGGAUGACCGACUAUAGAAAAGACGCGCACCCUUCCAUUUACCGCAAGCAAAACCUAACCGAAGAGGAGAGGCGGUCCCCCGAGAGGUACCAGGACUGUAGCCACUGGUGCCUCCCCGGCGUGCCGGAUUCUUGGAACGAGCUACUCUACGCACAGCUUUUGAUUAAACAGCAUCAACUCUUCCACAAAUAAAAAAGCCAUAUACGUAGAUUCGGUGUUUAUACAUUAUUAUUAUUAUUAUGUAGGGGGGAUUCAAUAACCGACAAGUUGAUCAAAGCGAUGUUGUCGCGAUAAAGAGAAUGGAGUUUUCUCGAAGUAGAAAGGUUUCGAGUACUUAGCAUCUCACAUGGGAGGGAAGCAAGAUGGUAAGCUGAGACCUCCCAAUAUCGACACAGAUUCUUUAGAACCCUUUUUAUGCUUUUAGAAUGUAAAGUUGAUGUUAUGUGUUAAUUUAAAAUAGAAAGCAGUAUAUAUAUGAUUCUAAAGCAGUUUGGGUCC